AUGUGUCUCACCAAGGUCUACUACAACACCUACUCGGACGGGGCCCAGGACAUCACCGAGAAGGUCCACCCCUGCAAGGACGGUAGAAAUUGCACCCGUCCUGACGUGCGCACGUAUGACCGCAAGUUCCCCUUCAGCAAGCUCGGUGAGGCCGAGCCCGAGUCACAGCGAAGCCUGUCGGAGCGCCAGCCGACCCCUUACUUCUCGGGCCACACACCUCGCGGCUCCAAGUCCCCGUCCCCCUCCGGUAGACGUGACUCGGGAGUCUACAUGAGCGGCGCCAACACGAGCAGCAAACGCUACGACUACAGCGACCCGUACGGCGACAGCUAUGAUACCUACGGCUACUCCUCCCGCCGCGACCCCCGCGACCGCUACGAUCGCCCCGACCGCAACCGCGACCGCGAGCGUGAACCCCGUCUCAAGCGCUCCUCCACCGCCCCUCACAUCAUAUACAUGGACCGCGAGCGGGACCGCGACGCCGACCGCGACGGCAAGUCUUCGCGCUCUCGCUCCCGCUCCGGCAGCCGCGACAUCCCCCUCGGCCUCGUCCCCCUAGCGGACGAAUACGGCCGCCGCCGCCGCCACUCCUCCUCCUCCCGCUCGCGCGAGCGCGACGGCGGCAGCGACCCCAGCCACUCCGGCCUCUACUACACGGGCAGCUCGCGGCGCCGCACCGACGACCCGCAUGGGUACAUCCUGCACAACGACGACGACGAGCGGCGGCGGCAGCGGCGCGAGCAGAAGCGCCGCCUCUCCACCUCCAGCUACAUCGAGCCCUCCACCACUUCCGGCACCACCAUCGGCGACCCCUACGCUGUCGGCGGCGCCCCCUACCUCCCCCGCCGCGCAUCCACCAUCGUCCACCACAGCGACGGCUCCAUCUCCACCGGCGCCGGCACCGGCUCCUCCGGCCGCAAGCAGUUGCGCUGGGACGACCAGGUGCGUGCCGAGCGCGAGCGCCACAACGCCGAGAUCGCAAACCGCCCCUACCCGGGCGAGGUCAAGGGCAUCUUGAAGCAUACUGACUCGAUGGGGGGGAAGGGCAAGGGCAAGGGCCGCGAGGUGGAGGAUAUUGCGGGUCUGAGGCGGGCCAUUGAACGGAUGGAGAUUCCGCGUAGCAGUACGGGAGAGCGGGGCCGGGACCGUGAGCCGCGCGGUCGGAGGGGGGAGUGGGAUUGGGGUUCGAGUGGGAGGUAUGGGGCGGAGGAGUUGGAGGAUGGGAGGCGCAAGCGCAGCAGGGGGUAUGGUGGUGAUGAACUGUACCGGUAUUGA